CUGUCCAUGGCCCUGCGGAGCGCGGGGCCGCCCCGGGUCCGCCGCGCUGCCGAGCCGAGCGAUGGGCAACACGGUGCACAAGACCCUGGCAGACACAAGCCACCAGACCCGCUCGGUCUCCAGCCGCCCCUACUACAGUUUGCCCAACAGCAGCCAUGAGAGACGCUCGGUCCUCGCCAUCACGGAGCCGCCGCGGUUCCACUCCCAGGCCAAAGGCAAGAACGUGCGCCUGGACGCCCACUCCCGCAAGGCCACGCGGAGGAACAGCUUCUGCAACGGGGUCACCUUCACCAACAGGCCCAUCCACCUCUACGAGAAGGUCAGGCUGAAGCUGGUGGCUGUGCACCACGGCUGGAGCGGGGCGCUGCGCUUCGGCUUCACCAUUCACGACCCGUCGCUGAUGAGCUCCGAGGAGAUACCAAAGUACGCCUGCCCGGACCUGGUGACCCGGCCGGGCUACUGGGCCAAAGCUUUGCCAGAGAGGUUUGCUGUGAGAGACAAUAUCCUGGCCUUCUGGGUUGACCGUCAUGGGAGAGUCUUCUACAGUAUUAAUGAUGAGGAGCCAAUAUUGUUUCACUGUGGUAUUAAAGUUUCCGGCCCUCUCUGGGCACUCAUCGAUGUCUAUGGAAUUACCCAUGAAGUGCAGAUACUAGAUAGCAUGUUUGCAGAGACCAUGACCACCGCCCGUCUCAGCACUGCCCGUCUCAGCACUUGCCUCCCGCAGAGCAACCACGACUCGGCCAACUUCAAUAACAACGAACUGGAGAAUAACCAAGUGGUGGCCAAAAUUGCAAACCUAAACCUCAGUCGGGUGCAGGGACUCGCCACAGACAACCACAUCAUCCCCUGUUGCCCGAACCGCCGGCAGCGUGCCCAGGGCGUCCCGGCUUUCCUGGACACGGAUCUGCGAUUCCACCCCACGCGCGGACCUGACGUCACCUUUUCUCAGGACCGGAUGGUUGCGUGCACCAACUGGCAAGAAAGCAAUAGGACUUUGGUGUUUUCUGACCGGCCUUUGCACAUCGGUGAAAGCCUCUUUGUGGAAGUAGGACACCUUGGGUUGCCAUAUUACGGAGCCCUUUCGUUUGGCGUCACUUCUUGUGAUCCGAGUACUUUACGGACAAACGAGCUGCCGGCAGACCCGGACUUCCUCUUGGACCGCAAGGAGUACUGGGUGGUUUACCGAGCCUUCCCCGUCCUCAGCAGCGGCGACAUUCUCAGUUUCAUGGUCUUGCCAAACGGAGAGGUGCACCACGGGGUGAACGGAGCCAGCCGAGGAAUGCUCAUGUGCGUGGACACCUCGCAGUCUCUCUGGGUGUUUUUUACAAUCCACGGUGUAAUCAACCAGCUCAAAAUAUUGGGCACUGUGCAGUCCAGCCCAGUGACCGUCUCUCCCUCAGGAUCCCCGGGCGGCUCGCAGUACGACAGCGACUCGGACAUGGCCUUCAGCGUCAACAGGUCCUCGUCUGCCUCAGAGUCAUCACUCGUGACUGCUCCCAGCUCUCCCCUGAGUCCCCCUAUCUCCCCCAUCUUCCCCCCUCCGGAGCCAUCGAGCAGCAAGAACGGGGAAUGCACCGUCUGCUUUGACAGCGAGGUGGACACGGUGAUCUACACCUGCGGACACAUGUGCCUCUGCAACACCUGUGGUCUUAAGCUGAAGAAGCAGCUCAACGCCUGCUGCCCAAUCUGCCGACGGGUCAUCAAAGAUGUUAUUAAGAUCUACCGCCCGUAGCGCCCGGCCGGGGCCGCAGGAAGGGGGAACGCCGCUAGCAGUAACCAUGCCUUUCCGUCCCUGCUUAUGGGUUAUCGUGCUGGUCAGUUGUUAUCAAGUGGCUCGUUAUCUGUGUUUCCUUAUUUGACUUGGUAGGGCACAAUUCAGGGAUCAAAUUGAGCUGAGGAUCGCGUGGGGCCCGAAGGCGCAGCUGCCGUGUGCCCACGGAGCCAAUCUGGGAAACGCGGGCGCAUCCGGGAAAUCGCAGCCUGGACCAACCCAGAUGCAAAUAGCUCUUUUUUUUUGCUGCUCCUCAGGAGAAGGAGGCUCGCUGUGGUGUGGAUCCAGAAGGGGAGAUUGCCACUUGGUCAGUGCUCUGGGUGCCACUGGGUUUCCCAACCCCGAAAUGCCAACAGCUCUGGGCUGCCAGGUGCUUGUGCUGUGGUGGAACAAAAUUAGGACAAGGCCCAGUGGGAGAGUUCAAAGGAGACAAAAGUGAUCUGGAAAUGUCAUGUUCAUCUGUGUAAGGGGAACUAGCUAAGGCCAAAAUAGUAGCAUGGCCAGAUUCUCACUUGUUUGGGUUUUGCUCUCCUGAACAGGCUUCUAGGCGUGUGGAGAAGCUCAUCUGUACUUAGAUAGUGCAGCUUUUAAUUUCCUUGGCAGAGCAGGGACUUCUGGCCAGGGAGGCUGAGACCCAGGGAAGAGCCAUGGGGUAGCAGUGGGGAGCACGAGCCUGCUCAGAGCCCCAGCCAACUCCAAGUGCUGCGGCAGCAGCGACGGGCUGUUGAGGCACCGCUCGUGUAUCUGGUUGCUGAAGCCAUAACUUGCAGCCUGUGGAUGAGAGGGGUGUUGGGAUGGGCACACUGCAGUCCUGGCUUGGAAAGAGCAUGGGGCUACUGCCCUCUGCAAGGGGAUGGUGUGUGGCACUUCCAGGCACACACCUGCAUUUUGUUCUGCUCCUCUUCACAGGCAGCGUAGCCGCCGUCUCGCUCCAUCCCUCCUGGCUCACCUCAGCCCUUCCCCUGCAGCUAGUGCUGUGCAGGGCUCAGCUUUCCUCGUGCCCCACCACAGAGGCUUUUUGGAGCCUGGGGUGAGAAAUUAAUUUCUGACCCAGUCCCAGCAGGGUCUCCUUUUCUUCUUGGGGACUAUGUGCUGAUUUUACCUGCUUUCUCCUGCCUUUCCAGGUUUCCCAGCACAGCUCCCAGCUGCCUGGACACUGGGUCCCAGCAGUACAUGAGAACUUACUGAGAUGAACAGGGAUCUAUCCCAUUUGGCUUUACUUGAGAGCAGGAAAGGAAAAGGCUCUGGGGCUAUUAUUAGGUGUUGGGACUUUAUUUCAGUUGUGCUAUUAGACAGCUCCAAGGAGCAGCAUCCUAAAUGAAUGGGGCAGCAUCUGAGCAUGUAGCACUGGGGCUGGCAUGAGGGGCUCGGAGUCCUUCUUGCUGCUCCCACAGGAGCUGCCCUCAAGUCCCAGUCCUUCCCAGUCUCUUUCAGCCCGAGCCUGGCUGGUUUCCAGCUGGUUCAGGUUUGUAAACAGGGGAAGAGAGAGGAUGCAGAUGAGCAGAUAAGAGAGGGGCCAGUGUCAUUCUGUCGGUGACUGUGUGCCACCAAGUGGGUAAGAACAGCUUGCUUCAGAAAGGUGCAAUUUCCACAUUUUAGUCCAGAACAAAGGAAUAGCAACCCUUGUACAUUUCAGGGCUUCUGGACACAGAGGGCAGCCUGCUGCUGUGGGUGGCUGUCACCUCGCCUCACCAUUCCCUGUCUCCUCUGAGGCGUCAGUAGCCGUGGGUGCCACUGCCCAGGUUGGGGUUUGGCAGAGCUGGCGAUGCUGUGCUUGGCUACUUGGCCCAAUCCCAGCCGACUCUGCCAUCAGGGAGAGCUCACCUGGGGGGGGACAGCUCAGCCUCAUCCUGCAGCCAGCUGUAGCUGCCAGCUCACAGAGAAAUCUUUCUCUUCUUGUUUUUCUGGAAGAGCUAAUUAAUGUUUUCAUUGAGUGUAUAGCUGAGAGGCUGCUGUAGAGUGAGACAUCCCCCCUCUGCCCUGCUGCAUGGGUGCCAGAGCCUGUCGGCUUUGCAGAGCUCUUUUUGGCGCCUCGGCUCCUGCUGCUGGCUGUGUCACUGCCAAGCAUGCCUGGCCCUCUGCAGAGCCACGGGCAUUGUGAAUGUGCCACCGGGUGACUUACACCUUUGCAAAAGGAGGCAGCAAAGGCAGCUUUCUAUCAGCUGGAGUCUCAUCCAGCUGCCCUCCACCCGGGCACUGCAGACGUUGCCUUUGCAGAGGCCCCCCAGCCCCGUGUUUGCAGCUCAGGCUCUGGCUGUGGUCAGUGGGCACAGCACUGUGGUGGCAAAACCACGUGAGGAUGGGCUGAAAGGGCAGGUGGGUCAGGGUCUGCCUGCUGAACUGGCUGCAGUGGGAAGCUACUGCAUGAUGAGGAAUCCCAGGGAAGUUGUCUGACUCCUCAGCGAGCGAUGUGCUCGGAUCAGGCCUGGGCUGGCUUCCCCCAGCAGCCAUCACAGGGGCUGCUGUCCCAGUUUCAGGGGUGUCUUGUCCCUUUUGGUGGCUUCACACAACUACAGGUAUGAGCAGAGCCCCUUGGCUUGGCUGGCACCUCAGGUCCUCAAUCAGCAGAGCUAAUUGCAUACCUAUGGGUGGUUGGGGAUCUUUUCGGUGUAGCUCUGUCUUUGUGAAAUACCGAAUCGACCCCAGGCUGUGUCUGAGCUGUUUGGGACACGUUGCACAGGCAGAAUUCUUGCUGUAGCAGCUCAGAGCAGUUUCUAGAAGGGCAACACCAGAGAGGCAGCAGCUCAGCCCGGAUCUGGAGGGUGGCCUUGCAGCGAGCAGGACAUGAGAGCAGUGGCUGUGUCGCUCUGCCUGUCCCAGAGCAACAGGAGUUUUCCAAAACAGGCCUCUCAAAAAUCAAAAGAUUUCCAGGAAAAGGUAGCCUCUUACAGAUUUCAUUGUCAGUACUCGUAUUGCUAUUUUUUUUAACCAGUCCAAUGAUAUCUGAUUUGUACAGGAGAUCUGUUUGUGCCUUAUAAGGGUGUCUGUGCACUUUUUAUCCUUUUUAAAGCAACUUUUAAAAAGAAGAAGAAAAAAAAAACCCAACAGGGGGAGAAAAACAACACAGAUCAAUGGUAGUUUUAUAGAAUUUUGUGUUCACUGAGAAUCCUGCUUUUUAUAUAUAUACAUAUAUAUAUAUAUAGGAGUGAAAAAGUGUUUAUUUCCAUGGAUUUCCCCCCUUCUCUCCUCCUAACCUAUUACUUUAAACAUUUACGAAAACAAAAAGAAGGAAAAAGAUGGGGAAACUCUUUCACCUUCUCCCUUUCUGAGACAGUUACUCUCUUAUUGUUACCUUUAAGAUUCAAUACUGUGACCUGUACAUCAUGUUUAAGCUGAAUCAGAUUUUGGACCUCUGUUAUUAGGCUUUUGAAGCAAAAUUCAUUUGGGGGGAGCGAGGGAGGGGGAGGGCAUCGCACGAGGGAGGGAGCUGCACUUCUACAUGUCAGUGCUCUAUAGCGUUGUGUUCAGUGCUGUGUGUUUUACUUUUGUCCAUUUACCUGUUUUACAUUAAUAUAAUUUUACUUGUUUAUGAAACAAAUAAAA